AUGAUCGAUCUAGGACUCAACACUAUUCGCUUGGAGGGAAAGCAAGAGCAUCCUGCAUUCUACGACCUUGGCGAUCCAAUGGGAAUAAUGGUCUUAAGUGGCUGGGAAUGUUGCGAUAAAUGGGAGGCAUGGGACUACAAUAAUGACACCGACGGGGUAAAAUGGAAUGAAUCCGAUCAUUCGAUCGCGUACGCGGCAAUGAUCCACGAAGCAGAGAUGAUGCAGCCACAUCCGUCUCUUCUCGGAUUCUUAGUCGGUUCAGAUUACUGGCUUAACGACCAAGCGACCGAAGUUUUUCUUGAUGCAUUACACGAAAUUGAUUGGAAUCUGCCAAUCCUCGCAUCCGCCAGCAAACGGGGCUACCCCAAAGCUCUAGGGCCUUCCAGCAUGAAGAUGAAUGGACCCUUGAGGAUAUUCCUGUCGACCGAGGAACUUGAAAGUCUGUGGAAAGAACCAGAUGCGGGAUCGUAUCAUUUGUCUAACAAUGUUUCCUCUUUCCACAACCGAACAAUCUAUAAUGAAGGGCUCUUCGCUCGAUACGGCACACCGGAGAACAUUGAGGACUAUGUUUAUAAAUGCCAGAUGGCAGAUUACGAAGCUACUCGUGCCCAGUUUGAGGCGUACUCGGCUCGACAGAAUGCAACUCAAUCUGCAAUCGGGGUGAUCUACUGGAUGCUUAAUAGUGCAUGGUCGAAUCUACACUGGCAGCUUAUUGAUUAUUAUCUUCAACCAAUGGGGUCUUACUUUGGUAGCAAAGUUGGGAUUCGGAUGGAACAUGUUGCUUAUGACCAUGAAGCUCAAACUGUCUGGCUGAUCAACCACUCUCUUGAGAAGGAAGGGGAGAGAGGUAUUUUGAUUGGUCUCAUUGAUAAAACGGCAAAAAGAUCUCGAGUGCCAAGGAUUGAAGAUAUUGGAUUUUUGCGUCUUAUUCUUCGUGAUUCCAAAACCCGAAGAUAUCUAAGUCGGAACGUAUACUGGCUUUCCCCUAGCCCUGAUGUCCUCGAUUGGUCAGACUCCAGCUGGAUAUCCAUUCCGGUCGCGAAAUACGUGGAUUUCACAGAACUGAGUUCUAUUCCUCAGGCUAACAUGAAGGUAACUAUGAAGCCCCAAGCUAAUCGAGUCCCGGGAUGGACCACUGUGGAUAUCGAGAUUGAAAAUAAAUCGAAAGUCCCAGCCGUAUUCCUACGGUUGGAUGUUUACAAUGCAACAUAUGAUUGGUGGUUAGGACCACUGUACUGGUCUGAAAACUAUGUUACACUUUGGCCAAAAGAGAACAUCCCUCUGACAGUCUCCUAUGAAGGCGAUUUCACACGAACCGAGCUGACAGGCUUAGAGUUGAACGCCAAUUUCAUAUGA